CAUACAUUGCAUUAUGAGCAUUUUUUUCUUUUUCUCGAAGAUUUAAGCUUUUGUUUCAGAACGCUGAGAGAGGGGGGGUCCUUUUUUUUAACAAUUUAAUUUUAUUAAAUAGAGGAGCACCGGCCCAGCGUGAUUCACUGUCACACUCGGGGUCACCCUGCUGUUGUCUUUUCACUCCCUAAUUUUUUUGAUCACCUUAUAACACUCCUAUUUUGAUCAUGACUGGCUACAGAGCUGUAAGGAAUAUUGCACUAAAGUAGAAUGGAACCCCGCAAGAAGAAAGAGCAGCAACGUUCAUAAGACUUUUUAAAUUGUUUAACGUUUCAUAUUAAAUAGACGUCUAAUAUGGACUUAGUAAUUAGUGAUCACGUUUGCAACGAGUUUAAAUUGAGGUGAGAUGCAAGAAUGGAAGCCAUUCGUUGCAUUGUCUAAACAUGAGAAUUUCAAUGAAAAAAAUUCAAUGGAAAUGGCAUUACCAGAGAGUAUCUUAUAUAAUAUGGGAAUGACGUUGCCCGUAUCAGAUCAACGGGGUCAGAAUUCUUAACGCUGAGAAUGUUAAUCAAGGAGGAAGGGUGGAAAAACCGAAGGAAUAAAUGUACGUCGAAUGCAGGUGUUAAGUGGAUGACUUGCUUCCUUGUAAGAAAGUGAUGUCUUCUGAUAUCGCAGUUUGUCGUUCCACCUGAUACGUGACAUUUCUGUGCGUGAAACAUUGUGCAUCAACUGGACCAGAAGCGGGAGGUAGCUAAUUAUAAACUACUACAAAUAUUUGGUAAUCAAAUUAAGAAAUAUUGUGAUAGCUGCUCAAAAAUUCAAAAUGCCACUGAAGGGCCUGCAAGUUGUGGAAUUAGCUGGCCUUGCUCCAGCUCCGUUUUGUGGUAUGCUUCUUGCAGACUUUGGUGCAUCUGUCAUUAGAGUGGACAGGACAACAGCAGGACGAGGUGAAGAAUUAGACUGUUUGGGAAAUGGUAAAAAAUCUAUUGCCAUAAAUUUAAAAAGCCCUAAAGGAGUGGAAGUUUUUCGGAAGUUGUGCUCUAGAUCUGAUGUUCUUAUUGAACCUUUUAGAAAGGGUAUAAUGGAAAAAUUGGGAUUAGGGCCCAUGGAUCUAUUGAAAGAAAAUCCUAAAUUGAUAUAUGCUCGACUAACUGGAUUUGGACAAUUUGGAAAAUACUCUUCCAUGGCUGGACAUGAUAUUAAUUAUGUGUCUAUAUCAGGUUUGCUUUCAUUGUUUGGGAGAAGUGGAGAAAGGCCUAUUCCACCAACAAAUUUGGCUGCCGAUUUUGGUGGUGGUGGACUCAUGUGCGCAUUUGGAAUUAUUUUGGCAUUACUGGAACGAGCAAGGUCUGGGAAAGGACAAAUAAUAGAUGCCAGUAUGGUUGACGGCACUGCAUACCUGGGUAGCUGGCUCUACCGCUCCCAACAUUUAGGAAUUUGGGGAAAUCCUCGUGGGAAUAAUCUGCUUGACACUGGAAUGCAUUUUUAUGAAGUUUAUGAAACAAAAGAUGGAAAAUUUAUGGCAGUUGGAGCUUUGGAACCUCAGUUUUAUGAUAUAUUAAUGAAUGGUUUGGGUAUUUCUGAAGAUGAAGUUCCUCAAUUUGGAGACACUGCAAAAGCAAAAAAAGUUUUUACUGAAAAAUUCAAAAGCAAGACUCAGGAGGAAUGGUGUAAAAUAUUCAAUGUCUCUGAUGCUUGCGUCACACCUGUCCUUUCUUUGGAAGAAGCUGUAAAAGAUCCACAUAACUCUGAGAGAAGCUCAUUCGUUAAAUUUGCUGAUGACCCUGGGAGGAAAGUACCAGGCCCUGCACCUAUUUUGAGUAGAACACCAGGGAUAUCCAAAGCUUGUGAAAGAUCUCCUCGUGCAGGAUUGAGGGCAGCUGCUGAGGAACCCAAUGGUGCCAUCUCAGCUAAGCUAGCUAGUAUUGGGUAG